CCGACAGACUUGUUUCUGGUGUUUUGCUAUCUUUAUGGGAAGGCGAUUACCACCCAAAAUACUUUCCAUUCAACAGAUGCUGCACUGGAUUAAAUCAAAGUUUUAUUUGAUCGCAGAUAACGGUGGAUGUGAACACACUGCUGGAACGCGCAGACGUCGGUGUUUCUAUUGGCUCUCUGCUGCGUCGCUCACAGGAAUGACGAUUUUUGCUGCUAUAACCAGCUGAUGCUGAGGCUACGAACACGGAGCCUCCGAAGAACUGUUGACGGCACACUGACCCUUCCGUCAUCGACGUUAUGUCUGCGGAUCCAGGUCGUAUCUGCCUACAGAGCCGGAGUGGGGAGGACAUUUGAUCGUGUCACGACGCACACGCCGUGUUUGUUCGAUCUUGUCGCAGGAUGCUUCUUCACCUUCCCACAUAAUCGUUUUCAACGGAAUAAUGCUCUCUGCUUCACAAGCUCUGCUGUUUCUCCCCACACAGGCGACACAUCACAUAUGCAGAUUCCCCCAUGUGGAGUUUUGGAUAAAAUUACAGGAGCAACACAAAGAUAUGGAAUAAAAGGAAACAUUGGAGAACCUAAAUCAGAUAUCUUAACAAAAAGAAACUGACAUUUACGGGAAAGUGAAAUAGUUUCUCAAGAGUGCUGUCAGGAAAAGUGAAGCUGUGGAAAGAAGAGGAGUAAAGAUGGCUCGUGGUCAGAGGCCUGCCAUGUUUCUCCAGGAGUCUGCAGCUCACCCUGCCAGCUGCUGGUCCAAGCAGGAGUGUCCCUAUUAAAAUCUAAGCAUCUCAUUUCACCUGGUGGAUGAGACCCCACUCUCGGUGAUGUGAUGAAUAAGUUUGAAGUCCUUGGCAUUGUUGGAGAAGGUGCAUAUGGAGUGGUGCUUAAGUGCAGACAUAAGGAAACCAAUGAGCUGGUGGCCAUCAAGAAGUUUAAAGACAGUGAAGAAAAUGAGGAGGUUAAGGAGACGACCCUUCGGGAGCUGAAGAUGCUCCGGACCCUGAAGCAGGACAACAUCGUUGAGCUCAAAGAGGCUUUUCGUAGGAGGGGGAAACUCUAUCUCGUCUUUGAAUAUGUUGAGAGGAACAUGCUUGAACUGCUGGAGGAAUUUCCCACUGGUGCACCACCAGAAAAGGUUCGCAGCUACAUUUUCCAGCUCAUCAAAGCCAUCAACUGGUGUCACAAGAAUGAAAUUGUACACAGAGAUAUCAAACCAGAGAACCUUCUCAUCAGUUCUGAUGAUGUCCUUAAACUGUGUGACUUUGGUUUUGCUCGUAACCUGUCUGAAGGAACAGAUGCCAACUACACUGAGUAUGUAGCCACAAGGUGGUACCGCUCUCCUGAGCUGCUGCUGGGGGCUCCCUAUGGAAAGGCUGUGGACAUGUGGUCAGUAGGGUGUAUCCUGGGGGAGCUUAGUGAUGGACAGCCCUUGUUUCCAGGGGAAAGCGAGAUUGAUCAGCUCUUCACCAUUCAGAAGGUUCUGGGGCCUCUUCCUGCUGAACAGAUGAAACUCUUUUACAACAACCCACGAUUUCAUGGAAUCAGGUUUCCCACAGUUACUCAUCCUCAGACCUUGGAGAGACGGUACCAAGGAAUUAUGAGUGGUUUGAUGUUGGAUUUGAUGAAGAGUAUGUUGCUGCUGAACCCCACUGAGCGUUUUCUAACCGAGCAGUGUUUAAACCAUCCAGCUUUCCAGCCUCUGAGGCAGGCAGAGCGAGAAAAAUCUUCUCCUGCAUCUCCAAACCCACCACGCUCAUCCAAGAGGAAAACACACCACCAUGGAGAGAAUACAGUCCCUACAAGGAGUCACAACAAGAGCUCCAGUCGUCGAUCAACCAGCAAGGAAUGUUCCAGCCUGCCUCGGCAUGGAGACCUCCAUCACCUCAGCAAUGAGAGUUUCCUGAAUGGCAACAAACCGGCUCCAUCUAGUUUAAGUCCUACACUCCACCCCAAAGUCCAGUACAUGUCCCAGACCCUAAAUCGUUCACCCUCUUCCAGCAAAGAUCUGGCUAAUAACAAUCUGCCACACCUUCUCAGUCCCAAAGAGUCAAAAAACAAGACAGAAUUUGAUUUCAACUUAGUGCCCACAACAAAGCUGCCAGAUCAGGGACAUGGGGCAAAGUACAGCCACAGUAAAUCAAGCUUGUCUCGCUCUCAGCAACAACAGCAACAGCAACAGCAGCAGGUCAGCCGCCACACUUUCCUGGAAAAUAAAACCAACACGUUACAAUCUGGUGGGGAAAAACAACAUGGCCGCCAUGCCCACAGUAUGGCUGACUCUGCACAUGGAUCCAUGUCCUCGUCUUCUAAAAGCUCAGCUUCUUAUCUUAGCCUGUCCAAGAGCCAUGGGGCUCUUAGUGAUGCUAAAUCAGUGGGGAACCUCAGUGAUGGUCGACUUCACCCAGAUGACUCAAACUCCAACACAGCAGCUGUUGUAGGACCCAGUGCCCGCUUCUUCCCUGCCAGCUGUUUAGACCUCAAUGCCCAAUCAGGUCUUCCAGGACCCCCUGGCAGCCCCUCUGCUCGACACAGUGACCGAUCAGGACACAGCCCCGCUUCGCGUAGCAGCGGAAAUGUCCGAAUGGAAAGCAGCACGCUGGACUCCUCAAUGAGACAUAAGUCCAGACACAAAUCGUUGGCCCCUGAGGAAGCUGGUGCUCCAGAGCUCCUAGACCCAGGAGGACCAGCGAUGCCCAAUACUCACACCCUACCUUCCCCCCACGAGUCUUAUCAUUACGGCCUGGGCUAUACUUCCCCCUUUUCUUCCCAGCAACGGCCUCAGCGCCACUCCAUGUACGUGAGACGGGAACGUCAUCGCCCACAUGGGUCUGAGGGGGUCAUGGCGGGCUUGCCACCUCCUGAGCAGGUGAUACCGACACGGGCCAGUAGCCUCCAGCUCCUCUCCCCACAGCUGCAACAUCGUACCAACCUGACUGGACAUUCUGUGAGCUCUUCGAGAGAGGACUGUACCGAUGACAUGAUGAGGUCAGCUUUGACCAGCACCUGUCCGUCUUCUCAACAGAGUGAACAGCCCCCUAAAGACAUGAGCCACCCUUGUGCCCCCAUCAAAGACUCUACGAGGGACAACUCUGCUGCUUUUCAUACACAGCGCUCUAAAAAUGAGGUUGGAAUGUAUCAUGACCCUCACGGUGAGGAUGCAGGUUCCUCCAAGGAGAACCGGAUGAUCUUCACUGAGUCCAUGCCUCGGAGAGUAGGCAGCUUCUACAGAGUCCCCUCCCCCAGACCGGAUAACUCCUCUUCUUUCCACGAAGGUGUUGGUCAGGGCAGAGGGCCAGGGGUACCCGUUGUGGCCGGUGAUCCAGGUGGCAUGGCGAACCACUCCAAACGCCAGACUGCCUUUGAUUGGACCACUGCAGAAGCGAUGGUCAUGAAUCCUCCAGAGCCCACCAAAGAGAAACAAAAACAAGGCUUCUUCAAAGCCAUAAAAAAGAAAAAGAAGAAGACCCAAAUAACGGACGUGGAGGAUGGAAGAAAUCCGAGCAUCAAGAAAAGCCUUUUCCCUCUUUUUAGCUCUAAGAAUAGCUUAAAGCACACCUCAGCUGGAAAAAUCCUACCUGUAGUUGCCUCGCCUAUGGUACAACAUCAGCCUACCGCACCCUACCCUCCCUCACCAGUUACUGGAAAUGGACAAGAACACCUAUCCCUUCAGAGGAGCUCCAAGUCGUCCUCUCACCACAACAGCCGACGGAAAAACCGCGAGCGAUCUCGGGACAGAGACCGAGAUCGUGAACAGAGCAGGGACAGAGACCGGGACAGGGAGCGAGACAGAGAGCGGGAGAGAGAAAACAAGAGGGAAAGGGAGAGAGAGAGGGAGAGAGGGAGGGAAAGAGAGAGAGUCACUGAAUGGCCACCAGAUAAACAAGUGGACUCCCACUCUCAGCAGAGUCAACCACUCAAGUCACUCCGUCGACUCCUCCAUCUCUCCCCUUCUCCCUCAAACCAAGGGCAGCCUCCUCCACCUCCUCCUGACCUGCGCUUCCAAGCCCCCCUCCCCAACCCACCUCAGCCCUCCUCCAAAGCCGGUUACCCAGAUGGUCGAGGGCACACGGAGAGCAGGGGGCACUCAGGGGUGAGCAGCUCAACCCAGGCGAAGAACCGCAAGGCCAGCUACACCUUACCGGGACAGAUUGAGUCCAGCUGGCACGUGUCAGCUUUACAGCGGGUGGAAGGCGCUCAGUUUACUCCAGAACAACUGGGCAUCAAACCAGGUCAGAACGGACCUACCUUCACCCGAGCAUCCCGCACCAGGCUGCCAAAUCUAAACGACCUGAAGGAGACAGCCCUGUAACACCCCCAAACCUCUCUGACGUGGAUCCAUCCUUCGAACCUGGCGACCAGCAUAAUGGUACCAUUGUAAAAGUUCACAAGGGAGCUCACAUCAUAUGACCACAUUCUCUUCAGAAAUAUAGUUAUCUAUUGAUUCUCAUGCCUCUGAAAUCUACAAAGACCAGAUGCUGACAGGCCCAACAUCGGUAAUGUGUGAUUUGGUGAAAUAAAGACCUUCUCAGGAUGUCAGCACUACAUCAGCUUAUUCUGCUAACAUCAGAACAAGCUGAUCUUUCCUGUCAAUGAGACACUUCCUGUGUGACCUCUCUGCUGCCAUCUUCUGCUAACAGGACACUACUGCAACAAUUUAGAUGCUCCCGUCUCAAAGGUUUUUCAAGCACUGAUAUUUGAUAACAAAAAAGAGAGAAAGAUUUAUAUAAAUAUUAUUUAUGAAAUAUUUAUUUGUUUUAAAUUCAAGGAUAUAAGCUAUAAAUGACACAGUAUGUAGGUUAUAUGGGAAUAAUAUAAAAACAUUUAGAAUUAAAUGUGUAAUUGCAAGAGCUUUAGUUUCGACACAGAGAAAUUAAUAAAUAUUUAUGUGUUGAUAAUAAUGUCAAAAGGAAUAUUUAAUAAUGGUGAAUGUCUGUUUAUGUUAAAUAUGAUGAUGUUAACAUAUUUUAUGUUAUCCUAUUUUUACCCAUGUUUGUUAUUUCAUCAUAUUGUAAAAAAAAAUAAAAACGACAAAAUACUGAAAAGUGAAAAACCACUGACAUUAGAUAUAGUACAGAUAUGUCCAUCACCUUCAUGACAUUAGUUGUGAAGUUGUGUGAUAAUUUGGGAUAUUUGUAGGCAUGGUUUGUUAGCAGGUGAGCUAGAGGGCGAUGGCUUGGCUCUGUGCGUUAAAUACACUGGAAAUAGAAAGAGUAUACACCCUUGAUGGAAACAAAAUGCCAUGUUUUUGUGGUAUAAAAAAUUUACCGUAGUAAAUCAUUUCAAAACUUUUUCCACCUUCAAUUUGAACAUAUAUCCUAUACAGUUUUAAAAAGCAAGCAAGAGCCUGCAGGGAAACUGCAAAUAACUGGUUCUAUAAGUGUUUGUGUAGUUAGACCCAUACUUAUUUAGGGCAUCUAUUUAUUAGGUUUCAGCAUUUUGUCUUUGGUGGGAGUUUAUCAAUAUGUGUUACAUUGAUAGACAUGGUAAUAUUGGCUAAAUCUAAAUGACAAAAGUUGAAAAUCUCAGAGGGUAUCAGACUGUGGGUACACCUCUUGUCCACAGCCCUCUCCAGAUGACCUCACAUAUGCUCUGUUAGAUUUAGUUCUGAACAUAAUGUUCUUCUAGUAGUCAUUUUUUUGUAGGUUCAAGCAGAUUUUUGGGCUCAUUAUGAAGCUGGACAUCAAAAAUCUCUCUUUUCUAUGU